UCCUAAUUCACCCCACCCCUUGGGGUGUCACCCCAAGUCGGGCGUUGGCGGCCCGGCAGGAGGCGCCCCACGGACCCUGUCCCCGUCGCCAGCCGCUUUCGAUUUGCCCCUGUCUUGGUGGCUGCUCACGGAAGGCGCGCCCCCCGCCCCCGCCAGCGACGGGCCCCGCCCCGUCCUCCGCUUCCUCCGGGGCCGCUGGCACUGCGGCCGCUCGGCGGGCAAAGCAGCCGGGACCCGGCGAGGCGGCGGCGGCAGCGACGAUGGCAGGGAAAGAGUUGGAGCGAUGCCAACAGCAAGCGGCCGAGGUGACCGAAAUCAUGCUCAACAACUUUGACAAGGUCCUGGAGCGAGAUGGGAAGCUGGCAGAACUGGAGCAGCGUUCAGACCAACUCCUGGACAUGAGCUCAGCCUUCAGCAAGACAACCAAGACCCUGGCCCAGAAGAAGCGCUGGGAGAACAGCCGCUGCCGAAUCUACCUGGGGCUGGCGGUGGCUGGUGGCCUACUCAUCCUCCUGAUUGUGCUUCUGGCCAUCUUUCUACCGCAGAGCAGUGGGGACAGUAGUGCCCCAUAGGCCCAGGAUUCAGGCACUGUCCUCAGGGACUGGGGACUCAUCCAGCUGGGCCUGGGGAAAGGCCAAAUGGUUGCACUGGCCUGUUCUGGUCUCCAGAGAACCCUGCUGUUUGCUCCUGUUUGAGCCAUCCAGUGAGUGCCAAAGGACAGCCGUGAUGUGUAUGCCUCUGCAUCUCCCAUCAUGCCACAGACUGGCCCUCUAGGGCAGCCUGCUGUGCUGUACUGGCCAGAUCAGGCCAGCCCCAUGUGGAGCUCAGUAAAAGCUGCUGUUUGUUUAAAAGUUGGUGUUUGUGUAUGAAGGGCCUCGGGUUGGUCCUGUGCCUCCACCCCUCGGCUGUUCAGAAAUCCUAUGAUCCAAAGAACUCCACCCCAAGAGAUACCCCUUCCUUUCUUUUUCCUAAUUGAUCCAAUUCUACACAGACCUUUUUGGAGUGUGGUUGCAAGGACACAACAGUCUCCAAACCAGACCAUUGAGCCUGCUUCCCUGAAAACAUCUUGAGGAUGCUCAGAGUCCCAAUGGGACUUUAGAUGGAAAGACAAAGUACUUCAGAGAUGUUUUCAUGAGGCUGUCACGUUCAGAUACUUUUUCUUCUCUGAAUUGUUCCUCCUCCCUAAUUUCUCAGCUUAAACCAGUGUUAUUCUUUAGACUUUACACCAGAUUGCAGAUGAGGCAAGUGGAAUGAAAGCCAGGAGGCUUCUACAAAUGCUGUAAUGUAGGGUCACAAAAGUUUGCCCUGUAGGAAAGAAUCCAGGUUUUCCAGUGUUCCGGUGCCUUCAGGGCCACAGUAAAGAUCACUGGGCAAAGACAUGGAAGGAAGAAAGAAGGCCAUACCAGGACUGAAAGUAGGGCAGUCUCUACUUGGGCUUAACUGCAUUUCAAAUUCAAGUGUGAGUGGCAAGGGAAAUUCAGGGUCAAGUAUGUAUUAACAAGUGGUUCCUUGCUAGGUAGAGUGAGGGCUACUGACAGAAACAAGGACAAGU